AUCAGAUGAGAGGCAGAGUGGAGAAACUCAGAGAGAGCGCGGACUGUGACAGCUGUUAGUCUUAAAUUAAGCCAUAAAGCCUAAAGUUCUCAGUGUCAGGGAUGGCUGAAAAAAUCGCAAGGCUUUUUUAUUUAAUACUUCUGCUCUCAGCUGGCUUUUUACUAUUGUAUUUUCCAUCGGAAUAUUCACUGAGCAAAAUCAGAUGGCCAUCUUUCUCAGUAAAAAUAAGACACAGAGCUCAAGAAUUGUUGGUUGACUUUGGAGCUGAAAAGGGAAACUCCACUUCACCUACUGUGUUUACACAGACAACAAAACAUCCUGAUUACACCAACAAAAAAAAGGUGACAGAGAUAAAAAAUGAUCAAAUGGGACCUACCCGAGGCGCUGUGGCUGAGACUCCCAUGCCCGUCCUCCUCAAAAGCUCCUACAAGAAGCUUCCUGAGUGGGAUUUUGAGGAUAUUUAUAACCAGGAUGCUCCACCCAGACAGACAACGUGUGCCAAGUCUCUGCGAAACUCUGAGGAUGAGAACUUUAAGAAGAAUUUCCUUCCCAACAUACGCUUGUAUAUGCACAAAGACAGCGUCAACAUGAGCGAGUGGAACCGACUUUCACAUUUUAACAAUCCCUUUGGUUUUAUGGGGUUUAAGCAUGAUGAUGUAAUGACUUCAGUGAAGCUGAUCCCAAAGCCCAAAGAGCCACUCCUCCUCCUUCGAAAGCCAGGUGCAGACGGGUGUGUGUCCUGUGCUGUGGUAGCUUGUGGGGGAAUACUCAAUGGCUCAAAAAAGGGAGAAGAGAUCGAUGCUCAUGAUUACGUUUUCCGGAUGAACGGCGCUAUCACCAAAGGUUACGAGGAAGACGUGGGAAGCAGAACAUCAGUGUACGUUCACACGGCCCACUCCAUCACUUCGUCCCAAUAUUUGUUGAAGAUUUAUGGAUACAAAAAUGUCCCUAAUGAUGAGGGCAUAAAACAUGUGAUUAUUCCUGAAGGGAUGAGGGAUUUCAACUGGCUCGAGGGUCUUCUCAAAGGAGAAAGGAUCAGUGAUGGCCCAUAUAAAAACAGGAGGCCACGGACGUACUAUGCAGGGCAGUACAAUGAGACGCGCUUCUACGUUCUUCACCAGGAUUUCCUCAGAUACGUGAGAAACAGGUUCUUAAAGUCUCGUGGUCUGCUUUCUUCACACUGGGCGAUAGUCAGACCGACCAAUGGGGCAUUCACUCUCUUCCUAGCUCUGCACACCUGCGACACUGUGAGUGCAUAUGGAUUCAUGACUGACGACUACAAGGAAUACUCCAACUACUACUAUCAGAAGAUCAAGAAAAGUGUGGUUUUCUAUGCCAACCACGACUAUAUCUUGGAGAAAAAUCUGUGGAAAAACCUUCACGAUAGCAACAUCCUUAAGCUAUAUCAAAGAACAAAAUUAACCCAAGAGCCAGGAAAGGAAAAUAAACUCUGAUACAGGUAGAAUGGCGUUAAUGGAACCCAUUAUUUUAUAGAAAUGUUAUAUUUGUAUUAUCAUAUAUGUUACAAAAGAAAGUGGAAGACAAUGUGUGGCAUGCUCUUUCACAAUCAGUGGCAUGUUGCAAAGGCUCUGUUCUAGAUGCAUGUGAAUUAAUAUCAACAUCUCGCUUUAUAGUAAUAUUGGGUAAUGUUCGCCAAGUUCAAAAGACAAAUCGAUUUUGGAGUUUUUAAGGGUGAAGCGGUAAGAGAAGCAGCUUAACGACAGAAGCAUAACAAUAUGUUCUGUUCGUGUUUGAUUCCUAUCAAAUACAAAGACUUCAGAAAAUCCUAGUCCUCUAUGCAACUAAAAAAAUGUUAGGCUAAUCCAUAUCAUCGAUGGAUAUCUGUGAAAAAUAAGCAAUUGAGGUUGAACGUUAUGAGAAAAACAGCCUAAGGAGCUAACACUGAGGUAUGUUAUAGACUAACAGAGAUUUCAGACCGGGACGUGAAUCAUAGCUAAUCCAAUGGUGGUAACCCAUAAAACUCAUGUAUAUACAGCCUGGGCCUGCACUGCCUUGGUUGUUUUUGAAUAUUUUAAAGUAUGUAGAGAAAGGCAGAUAAAAAUGCAUAUUUGCUACUUAGAUGUUAUUUUUGCUAUUUGUAAAUUGUAUUUGUUGUUUGCAUCUUCAUCUAAAUCAACAUAAAUAUAUUAUUAAGUAUUCAUUUAAAACUAUUUUUUCCAUUUAAAACAUGAACGUCGAUAAUCACGAAUAUGUGUUUCAACUGUUUGUUAAUGAGCAUGCACGUUGGUUAGGGCGUGCACAGGUUAUGGGUGUGGUUGGGAACUUGUAUGCGAGUGCCUUUGUGUACUGGAUUGACAUCUGCAAGUGCCAAAGAAGGACACGUACAGUGUCUGUGUGUGCGUGGGUGUGUGUUGUUCCAUGAUUCAUGAUUCAUUUGAAUAAAUACCAAAAGUUUAAAUCAUA